UUUGUGUGAAACGCUCGUACAUCGCAAAUUUUUGUGAAGGAAAAGAAAGCAAAAAAUAAUUAAUAAAAAAUGUCUAUUUUACCGUUAUUGAAUAUGGCUCGCGAGCUGGAUAAUGAAUAUCGCAGUUUGGGCGAUUGGGAGAACUAUUUGGAUCAUGACUUUGGUUUUGGCGUCCAUCCAGUGGAUCUCUUCCAUCGUCCGCGUCUCCUGAUGCACCAACAUGGUGGCGGAAAUCGUCGCCGCUUUUUGCCAUACGAUCGUUGCCACCAUCUUGCCACAGCAAUGCCACAACACGUUUUGGCUCGUCGCUCUGGUGCAUCAUCGGGUCAGAAUUCGCUGCUCCCGGCCGUAGGAAAAGAUGGCUUUCAGGUGUGCAUGGAUGUGUCGCAAUUCAAGCCAAACGAAUUAACAGUCAAGGUCGUGGACAAGACAAUUGUUGUGGAGGGCAAGCAUGAGGAGCGCGAGGAUGGUCAUGGCAUGAUUCAGCGCCAUUUUGUGCGCAAAUACACCUUGCCCAAGGACUACGAUCCCAAUGAUGUGGUCUCCACUGUCUCUUCGGAUGGCGUGCUGACGCUGAAGGCUCCGCCACCCCCCAACAAGGCGCUCACCCAGAAGGAACGUGUCAUCCAGAUUCAACAAACCGGUCCUGCUCAUUUGAGCGUCAAGCCACCAGAGGGCACAGCUGCUGCCGAUGGCAAAAACGAGAAUGGCGCUACUGAGAAAAUGGAGACUGGCAAGUAAAAUGUUCGCACGUAGGAUUCGGAGUUGCUGCAGCGCAGCUCGGAGAGGGGAAGACUAAAAAGAUGCUGUGCGUUUUAAACUGCCUCGUCGACCAAAAGCACAUACACAAACACAUUCAUACUUAUUUACAACACAAACACACACAUUCAUACUUAUUCACAACACAAACAUGAAUACACACACAUUAGUAUUCCCUACACUUUUCAUCAACACACUUUGAUUCUCGAUCAUCGCAGCACUUUAGUUUGUAAGGCACUACUUUAAAUAGAAUUUGAAGUCAAAUAUGGAAAUUUAAAUAUUGUAAUAAGUGGAAU